GGGUUCACAGUGUGUCGCCUGGGUUUUAGCSGUGGUAAUAUUUGCGAGUUUUUUCAUCGCUUCCAAGUUGUAUUCACUAAAAGAAUAACCCAUUUAUUUUACUUUUACUUACUUUUGGUAAAUURAUCCCCACAAUGACAGAGGAUGUCCAGAAGCACUCAGUCCACACGCUGGUCUUCAGGUCUCUCAAAAGGACCCAUGACAUGUUUGUGUCCGACCAAGCUAAAGGCAUCGCCCAGGAUGAAGAAAGCCAUAAGCUGAAGAUGGGUGUGAAACUAAAGGUGGAGUACGGUCCAGUUUUACACAUGCCUGUUUUGAAAGAGGGCAAAGAACGAGUCUCACAUUAUCCAGAUGGCUUGGAAAGCCAACAAAGCUAYGCACACGCAGGUGAUGUCCCAGAAUACCUGAUUACAGGAACACAUGCUUAUCCAUCUGGACCUGGRGUGGCGUUGACAGCUGAAACGAAGAUGCACAGGAAUCCCAGUGAAGCAGGAGUGCACUCCAUGGCUCUGGCUUUACCCCCUUCACAAGCAAGACUGGAUGCCAGCCGCACUGCAGCCAGCAUUGCGGAGAUCCAUCGACACGCAGGAGGAGCAGAAAGAGUUCACCCUCAGUCGACUGCAGUGUCGCUCAUAGAUGGAAGUGGCACCAGAAACUCAGCACUCAUGAGGAGAGCUCCAACAAUGCCCAAACCUCAGUGGCAUCCUCCGUGGAAACUGUUUCGGGUCAUCAGUGGUCACCUUGGCUGGGUGAGAUCUAUUGCUGUGGAGCCUGGAAAUCAGUGGUUUGUCACCGGCUCUGCUGACAGAACUAUAAAGAUCUGGGACCUGGCGAGUGGAAAACUCAAACUGUCUCUGACGGGACACAUCAGUACAGUCCGGGGUGUCGCAGUGAGCAGCCGCAGCCCCUACCUCUUCUCCUGUGGAGAAGAUAAGCAAGUCAAAUGUUGGGAUCUGGAGUACAAUAAGGUAAUCAGGCACUACCACGGACACCUCAGUGCUGUGUACGAUUUGGACCUACACCCAACCAUCGAUGUGCUUGUGACGUGCAGCAGAGAUGCCUCAGCAAGGGUGUGGGACAUCAGGACAAAAGCAAAUGUGCACACACUUACUGGUCACACCAACACUGUGGCUACAGUCAGAUGUCAGGCAGCAGAACCACAAAUCAUAACAGGCAGCCACGAUGCAACCAUCAGACUGUGGGAUCUGAUUGCUGGAAAAACCAGAGCUACCCUGACAAACCACAAGAAAUCUGUCCGAACUCUGGUGUUGCACCCCAGACAAUACACGUUUGCAUCUGGAUCAGCUGAUAACAUCAAGCAGUGGAUGUUCCCAGAUGGCAGCUUUAUACAAAAUCUGUCGGGUCACAACGCCAUUAUCAACACUCUUGCUGUUAACUCUGAUGGAGUGUUGGUGUCUGGAGCCGACAAUGGAACCAUGCACAUGUGGGACUGGAGGACAGGCUACAACUUCCAGCGGAUUCACGCCGCUGUGCAGCCCGGGUCUCUGGACAGCGAGUCAGGAAUCUUUGCCUGUGUGUUCGAUAACUCAGAGAGCCGACUGAUCACCGCAGAGGCCGACAAGACCAUCAAAGUUUACAAAGAGGACGAGAUGGCUACCGAAGAGACCCACCCAGUCAACUGGAAACCAGAAAUCCUCAAAAGAAAAAGAUUCUGAACCUUUUUUUUGUAUUCAUGUCCCAGUUUAUUUUUUUACUGUCAUCUUCUGCUCUYCUGUCACCCAGCAGCUUUUGUUAGAACUUUAUCCUAAAAACCCUUUGUUCUCAUUGUUCAACCUCAGUUCUGUAAAGUAGAGCUGACACUCUGGACUGCCAGGAGCUUCUCAGAGGCUUGGUUCUCUGCUCUCUGGUGGUUCUUGUCUGUCUGGUCCACCAACAGAAGCCACACUUCAGAUUCAAACGGGCUGGGUUUCAGUGUGGACUUCAUUCCUACUGGCAUCAAAGCUGAAGAGAAAAAAAUAUUUGGUGUUGCUUUAACAGAACGGCUAGCUGUACAGACAUGAAAGUAAAAUAACUUCCCUUUGUUCCAACUUGAAAUGUGAGGUUUAUUUUGCUCCAUUUUAAUAAAGACCAGAUCAUUUCUACA